AAAACAACAAAAAACAAACAACAGAUCCCUGGUGCAACCUGGUGUAUGCAGUUAAAUGCAGCGAGGAAUGCUCAGAUCUCUACAUAGGGGAAACCAAACAGCCACUUAACAAGCGCAUGGCUCAACACAGGAGAGCCAGUUCCUCAGGACAGGAUUCGGCAGUCUUCCUUCACCUUAAGGAAGAAGGACACUCAUUUCAGGACACCAAUGUUCAGAUUUUGGACAGGGAGGACAGAUGGUUUGAGAAAGGAGUGAAAGAAGCCAUCCAUGUCAAAGAAUCGUUGGAAUAAUAGCCCUGGACACACCUCACAGAGGUUUAGAAGCUGAGGCAACACCAACCACCACCAGAACUGAAGAAGCCUCUUGGAUGAGAGAGCUGCAGUACCCCCUCUGUCCUGCUGGAGCCGCUGAACGCAGUGGCGCUACUGCACCGGCUUCACUUUGACAAAAGAAGAAGAAGAGGCUAAUCUAGAGUUAGCAAACCAGCAGCAAAUAAACACCUGAAGUAACGCAGUGCAGACAUGUCAGCGGAUACUAAGAUUGCUGAGCUGCUCACAGAGCUUCACCAGCUCAUCAAGCAGACCCAGGAGGAGAGGUCCCGCAGUGAACACAAUCUGCUCAACAUCCAGAAAACACACGAGAGGAUGCAGACAGAAAACAAAACAUCUCCGUACUACCGGACCAAACUGAGAGGCCUUUACACCACAGCUAAAGCAGACGCCGAGGCAGAGUGUGGUAUUCUGCGUCACGCUCUCGAUAAAAUUGCAGAAAUCAAGUCUUUGCUGGAAGAGCGUCGGAUCGCUGCUAAGAUGGCCGGCGUUUACAGCGACAGCGACCCUCCCAGGAAGACGAUGCGACGAGGCGUCCUGAUGACGCUGCUGCAGCAGUCGGCCAUGACGCUGCCGCUGUGGAUCGGGAAGCCUGGAGAGAGCCCUCCUCCUCUGUGCGGAGCGACGCCGGCCAGCAGCGACUACGUGGCCAAACAAGGCGACAAAGUGGCGGCGAGAGUGAAGGCUGUGGAUGGAGACGAGCAGUGGAUCCUGGCUGAGGUGGUCAGCUACAACCAUUCCACCAACAAGUAUGAAGUGGACGACAUUGAUGAGGAGGGCAAAGAGCGUCACACUCUGAGCAGACGGAGGAUCAUCCCCCUCCCUCAGUGGAAAGCGAACCCAGAGACCGACCCCGAGGCCCUGUUCAGUAAGGACCAGCUAGUUCUGGCUCUUUACCCUCAGACCACCUGUUUCUACCGGGCCCUGAUCCACACUCCACCACACCGGCCACAGGACGACUACUCUGUUCUGUUCGAGGACACGUCGUACGCCGACGGUUAUUCUCCUCCUUUAAACGUGGCGCAGCGAUAUGUUGUUGCCUGCAAAGAGAACAAGAAGAAGUGAGCUGGAUCCAAAAAGCGCAGAACGAAGAUUUACCGUCUGAAACGGCAGCAGUUUCAUUUUUAAACAUAAAUAUGAUCAGAACUCUGAGAUUGCUGCAGAAACUUAACUGAGCUGGAGAGAAACUGGGGUUGUAUUUUAACAGAGAAACUUUAAAUGUUUUUUAGACCGCCGCCUGUUGGUGAGAAGAAGAACUGCAGCUAAACUUCCAGCUGCUGCUUUGGGAACAAAUGUUAUGAGGUUCAAACUGUAUAUUUUUAUAUGUAAAGUGUCAAUAAUUUCUGUGUUGUAUAUUAAAAAAUGUGACCAUU